AUGUUCCCCUCACUCCAACCAUCGCGUCCACGAGCCCCAGCACCCCAAUCCCUGAACCCCCUCUGUCAAGAGCAGAUCCGCUACACCCAAAGCACACAACAACAACCAAUCAACCAAAUCCAAGCAAUGCCUCCUCACAAAACACUCCCAGCUACCGCCGAUCUCCCACCCGUCUACAACGCCGCAAUCAUGCACCCCGUGUUCUUCUCCGAUGCCUGGCGCCGGCCGCCUUUCCCCAUGCCUGCCAACCACUCUUUCAGUCCCGCGGCGACGGGGUAUGUCUUUGGGGAGCGCCGGGCUCGCACACAGUCUAUGACGAAGUUAUGA